CAGAAGGCGUACGAAGCCAGUUCUCCGCCAAAAACCAUGACCGGCGACACCACGUUUUCGCCGCCCGACGAGGCAAUGUCGCCCGACCCUAAUCUCCACAUCACUAUAGAAGAAUGUUCUCAGAACAGUGGCCAUUUGCUUGAGGAUGAAGGGGAUGACCUCGUGAAUGACUGUGGUCAGUUGUUUGAGAUUGAGGGUGAUGACCAUGAAAAUGAAAGAGAUAGCAAAAACGACCAGUUUUUCGACAUCGAGAGCAAUGGCCAUGAAAAUGAAGGAGAUGAUGCAAAUGAACACUUGUUUGACAUCGAAGCCAAUAGCCAUGAAAAUGACAGAGAUGUUGCAGAUGAGCAAUUGUUUGACAUUGAAGGCAACAAGCACGGAGACGAGAACAAGGAUGAUCAGAGUGUAAUUGAUGGUCAAAGUGGUGCAUCUCAAAGAAAGGUCUAUUCCCCACCCAUUGUAGGGAUGGAGUUUGAGUCAUACGAUGAUGCUUACAACUAUUAUAACUGCUAUGCCAAGGAGAUUGGAUUUGCUAUUAGGGUCAAGUCUUCGUGGACAAAGCGUAACAGCAAGGAGAAGCGUGGUGCAGUACUCUGUUGCAAUUGCGAGGGUUUCAAAAUGGUUAAAGAAGCAAACAGUCGCAGGAAGGAAACAAGAACAGGCUGUCUAGCGAUGAUAAGGUUGAGAUUAGUGGAGUCGAACAGAUGGAGGGUGGAUGAAGCUAAGCUUGAGCACAACCAUUUGUUUGAUCCUGAAGGAGCUCAAAACUCCAAGUCACACAAGAGGAUGGAUGCUGGAGUGAAAAGGAAGGUCGAGCCAACACUUGAUGUAGAAGUACGGACAAUCAAGUUAUAUCGUACACCUGCAGUUGAUACUGUUUGUUAUGGAAGCCCAUACUCCUAUAAAGGAGAAAGUAACAAUCAAAGUGAUUGGUCUAGGCGCUUGAAGCUUAAAGAUGGAGAUGCACAGCUCAUUCAGAAUUUCUUUUGUCGGGCUCAGCUAGCUGAUCCAAAUUUCUUCUAUGUGAUGGACUUCAAUGAUGAAGGGAAUUUGAGGAAUGUGUUCUGGAUUGAUUCUAGGUCUAGGGCUGCGUAUGGUUACUUUGGUGAUGUAGUUUUAUUUGACACAACAUGCUUGUUAUACAAUUAUGAAAUUCCUCUUGUCUCAUUUGUUGGAGUAAAUCACCAUGGGCAGACCAUUCUCCUGGGUUGUGGUUUGCUUGCAGUUGAGACACUGGAAACAUACAUAUGGUUAUUUAGGGCAUGGCUUACAUGCUUGUCCGGUCGGCCUCCUCAGACUAUCAUUACAAACCAGUGCAAGGCCAUGCAAACUGCAAUGGCAGAGGUUUUCCCUAGAGCGCAUCAUCGUCUAUGUUUGGGAAAUGUUGUGCAAAGUAUUCUUGAGAACUUGGGAGCAUUGCAAGACUACAAGGCAUUUCAGAUGGCUUUGUUUAGGACUGUGUAUGACUCUCUGAAAGUGGACGACUUUGAAAUGGCUUGGGAAGAAAUGAUCCAGCGGUUUGGAAUUAAGGAUUAUGAGUGGCUUCGGAAUUUGUUUGAAGAUCGAGAGCGUUGGGCUCCAGUUUACUCAAAAGACACUUUUUUUGCUGGAAUGUUCCAUUUUCAGAAGGGUGAGUCAAUUAGCUUCUUUUUUGAUGGUUUCAUGCAUGAGAAAAUUUCUUUGAAAGAAUUUUUUGACAUUCAUGAUUCAGUUUUGGAAAAGAAGCGUCAGAAAGAAGCUCUUGACGAUUUUCAGUCGAGAGAUUUGAGUCCCAUGUUGAAAACCAGAUGCUAUUAUGAGUUGCAGAUCUCUCAAGUGUAUACGAAAGAUUUAUUUAGUAAGUUUCAAGAUGAGAUUGUGAUGAUGUCUUCGUGUUUUAAUAUAACCCAAGUUCACACUAACGGAUCAAUUGCCACAUACAUGAUCAAAGAACGCGACGAGGAAGAAAUGCUGAGGGAUGUGAGGAACUUCGAGGUGGUGUAUGAUAAACCAGGAGCAGAGGUUCGCUGCAUUUGUGGUUGUUUUAAUUUCAAAGGCUAUUUAUGCCGACACGCCUUGUGUAUCCUUAACUAUAAUGGCGUAGAGGGAAUCCCGUUUCAGUAUAUUUUAUCACGAUGGAGGAAGGAUUUUAGGCGCCUGUAUGUACCAGAUCUUGGUUCUAAUAAUGUGGAUAUCACAAACCCAGUUCAGUGGUUUGACCAUUUGUACAAACGAGCAAUGCAAGUUGUCGAGGAAGGGAUGAUUUCCCAUGACCAUUAUAUGGUUGCUUGGCAAGCAUUUAAAGAGUCUUUGAAUAAAGUUCGUCUUGUAGCAGACAAAAAUGUAUUGUAAUUAUAUAUAAUAUGUAUGAUUCUUUGUAGCUAGCAAUAUUUCCUUCUCUCUUUCAUGUCCCAAGCUCUUCAGAGUUCACUGUCUGCCUCUGGGCGUGUUUUUUACUACCCAAAGAAAAGAUCCUUGAUUAGAUUACCUUUCUGGGUCUGGCUUUAUGCUUGGCUGCUUGCAAGUAAAUCAUGCAGGUCUGGCUAUAUUCCCUUGGCGUUGGGUAACACAUGCCCUUGGCGUAUAUGUGACUGUUAAGGGAUACUAUUAAGUUUGUAAAUAAGGCUAUUCCUUAUUUUUGUUAAAUUUCCAUUUUCUGACUGGUAUAUAUGGAUAUGAGAAUUCCAUGAAGGUAUUUUUAUUGAUAGGGCUCUGUUUGA